AUGGCCUCAAACCGAGGAAUUCAGAUCGGAUCCGCGUGGUUCCAACGGAAACUCAAUUUGAGGCCGCAGCACCGGGGCGUACACUUGGUUACGGAAGAGAUCCUCAAGCAGGUGCCUGAGUUGUCGCAGUUCGCUGUUGGGCUUUGCCAUAUACAAAUAAUGCACACAUCGGCGAGUCUAGCGCUAAACGAAAGUUGGGAUCCAGACGUGAGGGAUGAUAUGGAAAUGAUGCUCAACAAAAUAGUACCAGAGGGUCUUCCUUACCGCCAUUCUUGCGAGGGCCCUGACGACAUGCCGGCCCAUGUGAAGGCAUGCUUCUUGGGAUCAUCGCUGACCAUACCAAUCACAGAUGGAAAAUUAAACCUGGGCACAUGGCAAGGAGUCUGGCUCUGUGAACAUAGAAACCAUGCCGGCAGCCGAAAGGUGGUAGUCACACUAUCCGGUUGCCCCCGCGACUCUCCACUGUCACCCGUUUCUGUAGCGUCUUGCUCCAGUUAG